UUGGACUUUUUUUAGCAGUUAAGUUUAUAUUAUAUCAGGACCUUUACAAAUAAAUCAGACUUACAAUCCUUUUUAUUUGUUUUUUUUUAUUAGCUACGUAAAACUAAAAAAGUUCUGCUCUCUCAACCAUUACCUAGUAAGUCUGGAGUAUUCGCAUCUGAAAAUUCAGUACUAAAUUGUCUUGAAUUUGAAUAUGCCGACCAAAUUUUGAAUUGAGAAAAUGAUAUAAACAUUGGAUUGAAGUUUCAAAAUGGCACAGUCAGAGGUUUCAGCAAAACAAUUUUUUCACAAAUUUUAAAUAGCCAUUGAAGCUAGUUUUUUUCAGCUUCUCACAAAAGUUCCUAGUGCCUUUUUAUCAUUUUGUCUCCUUAAUACACGAUCAAAAACUCAACAGCGGACACUUUUCCUGGACGGUUUUCAGUUUUGUUGUUCAUAAGUUUUAUAUUCAGCCUUUCCCCUUUCACUCACAUUCUUCAUUUUUUGCAAAAAAUUUUAUAGCCAAGAUUUUCGCCAUAUUUCCCCAUUUCGUUGCUUGGCAGAUAAUUUAUAAAAUUUGAUAAUUGCUUACAUAAAAUCCUUACGACUUUUUUUUUGCUUUGCACAUUUUUUCCUCGUACCACCCACACCAACUAUCCUAUGAACAUGCUUCUCGACGAAAUGCUUUUACCAAAAACCACUCAACAAAACGAAUCUUGUGAUGAUCCAAUGGUUCAGUUUAUGGGCAUCAACAUGGGCAUUUGCCUCAUCCUCACUGCUAUAGUUGCAAUUGCUGCAAUCCUGGGAUGCAUACUCUUAUUGCUUUGCGUCAAGUUUGUUACUGAUCGAGAUGAACGGAAGACUCAAGCUGCUCGCAAUAAGAUUUCUGCCAACGAAGAAAAAACUGAGAGCGGCUCAGUUACAUCUGGCACCAACACAACUGCGCUGAUUACUGAUGAACGUGCAGCAUUGACCACAAUCGUUGUUGUCGAUGAGAAUGAUAUGUGAUUUGAUGAAAUAAAAUCAAUUAAUAUUUUCUGUUGUAAUUGUGAAAAUGAAU